AUGGCUCCCGUAACCGAAAUACCCCGAAGGGUCGAAUGGAACGGCAAGCAGGUCCCAGUCUACCCCAUGGAGACAAUCGACUUCUCUGCAAUUCUUUCCCAAGAGCCUGCUGAGCUUGAGAAGCUUCUCCAGUGCUGCAAAGACGAAGGUUUCUUCUACCUAGAUCUGAAUAAUGUUGAUGGGCGUCGAUUCAUCGAUGACCACCAGGAGCUAUUGAAACUUAUGCAUCGAUUCUUUGACUCGCCUCUUGAGGUUAAGAACGAAUAUGGUCUGAUCGCUCCUCAUCUUGGAUACGAACCAGUUGGCUCGCGCAACGGUGUUCUCGAAGACACACGGGAUGGCUACGAGAUGGUCAAGGUAUCUCGCGAUGAGAUUCAACGCGAGUCCCCUCACAUUCCUCGCAACAUCAAGAACAGCGGCGAUCUCAAGGUUCUCGAGAAUGCCAUCUCCGGCAACAACAUCAUUGGAAAGGCCAUUCUGGCAGCUCUCUCAACAGCGUUUGGUCUCACGGGUGCUGCGCGCUUUGAAAACCUGCACCGCAAUCACCGCCCUUCGACGAGCACCUUGUCCAUGAUGCACUACAUCCCAUCUAACCCCGCCAAGGACGGUAACGUCGGCCACCAGAAGCACACCGACAUCAGUUCGUUGACUGUGCUCUUUACUGAGCAGUGGGGUCUCCAAGUCCGCCCGCCCGGAAGCAAGGAGUUUGGUUUCGUCGAGCCCAAAAAGGGACAAGCUAUCAUUAACGUCGGCGACUCUCUGCGCUUUGCUAGUGGCCACACUUUCCAAUCGUGCAUCCACCGUGUGGUGCCGUACAACUACAGCGAACAUCGCUAUUCUGUUGCAUAUUUCCUCCGCGCUGAGGACGAGACCAUGUUCCAAGACAGCGAGGGCAGAUUUGUCACGGCACGCACGUGGCAUGACGAGAAGUUUUUGGCUUUCCUUGCAUCGCCUGCGGACCAGGCUGCUGCUCCAAGCUCUAUGUUGUUGGGCGGUAUGCAGGAAGAUGAGACUGAUGUUUACAGCCUUCCUCAGCCAAAGCCUGUCGCUGCUGACGCGACUAAGAGCUCUGCUGUCGAAGUGACUGCCGUUGAGAACGAUGGGCUGAACAUGGCUUUGACACAAGACGUCUACCUUGAUUAUCCGAUCCAUCGUUCUCUUUCCCUCGACUACGGUAACGGCAGUACGUACCAUGCAACACUAGAAGAAGAGAUACUCGAAGAGGAUAAGCCUACUGGUGAUGCUGACAGAGUUCCUGCCUUCCAUGGAUAUUCCGGGUCAGGGAACGCAUCGGCUGAGUACAUUUACGUUGGCCGAGCUUCCCAAGAAGACUUCAAAUGUCUCCUCGCCCUAAACAUCACACUCGAAGGUAAAAUUGCUCUCGCUAAAUACGGCGGUCCAUUUCGCGGUCUCAAAGUGAAGAAUGCACAGGCCUUUGGCAUGAUCGGAGCUGUGAUCUUUACCGAUCCGGGAGACGACAGAAACAUGACAGCCAAGAACUACGCUACGUAUCCUGAUGGACCUGCUAGAAAUCCAACGAGCAUCCAGAAGGGCAGUGUGAUGGACUUGAGCACCUACCCUGGAGAUCCGACAACACCGGGAUACCCUUCUAAAGAGGGUGUAAAGAGGGAAGAGAAGAAGACUGUACCGAAGAUCCCAAGUUUACCAAUUUCGUGGAUUGAAGCAAAACCGUUGCUCACCGCGUUGAACGGUUAUGGUGUUGGUGCAAAGACUGUUAAUCGACCAAAUUGGGUUGGCGGAAUCGAUGGCGUUGAUUACAAUACCGGACCGUCGAAAGCUGUAUUGUCAAUAAGCAACAUCAUGAGGGAUGAGAUUAAUUGGAUCCACAACGCUAUUGGUAUUGUGAAUGGUACGAACGAGGACGAGGUCGUUAUCGUGGGCAAUCACCAUGACUCUUGGAUGAUCGGCGGAGCUGCGGAUCCACACUCCGGUUCUGCGAUUCUGAUCGAGUUGGCCAAAGCAUUUGAUGCUCUACUAAAGACUGGUUGGAAACCAAAGCGAACUAUUGUGCUCUGUAGUUGGGAUGCUGAGGAAUACGGCCUAGUUGGAAGCACCGAAUGGGUCGAGGAGUACAUUCCGUGGCUGGAAUCCUCGGUCGUAUCGUACUUGAACAUUGAUGUUGGUAUAGCAGGCACUAUCCCCGACUUCGGUGCAACUCCUGACCUCCACGCCCUCACCACUUCUACGGCCCGCAAGGUCAUCUGGCCGCAUGACCAAAACCGCACUCUAUACGAUGUCUGGGAAGAAAUGACCGGUGAGAUUGACACACUAGGUGCGCAAAGCGAUUACACAGCUUUCGUGCACCGCGCCGGCAUCUCCGCUAUUGACAUGGGCACCACGCGAGCACCUCUUGAUCCAAUUUACCAUACGCAUUCGAAUUUUGAUUCCUAUCAUUGGAUGACCAAAUUUGCGGACCCGGGGUUUGUGAUGCACAAAGCCAUUGGACAGUUUCUGACGUUGAUGUUGUAUCGAUUGGUCGACGAUGCUGUUGUUCCGCUUGAGCCGGCAAACUAUGGGGUAGAGAUGCGAGCGUGGCUAGGAGAAUUGGAGGGCGUUGUCAAGGAAGUGAAUGCAACAGCCAUGAUCGAUCUAGGAGAGCUUGAGGAUUCCGUUGCUGUCUUUGAGGAUGCAGCACGGAAGUUCAAUGCUGCCCGCGACAUGGCCGUCAGCUCAAACAGUUCGCUUCUCAUAAGAGAGCUGAAUCACAAGGCACGCGAUAUUGGCAGUGGAUUUGUCAGUCAAGGAGGGCUUCCGGGAAGAGAGUUUUACCGGCAUCUGGUCUUUGCUCCUGGAGUUGAUACUGGUUAUGCGCCUGUCACAUAUCCAGGAGUGACUGAGGCCGUUGCUGCAGGAAACCUUACUCUAGCAAAGGAGUUUGUUGCAAAGACAGCAAAGGCGAUCUUAGCUGCUGCAGACAUUCUGUACUAG